AUGGAAUCAGAUGCGAGUACAUAUGCAACUCAGGUAUGCAUUGGAUUAGCAUCGGCUGUGUCUCAUGCUGUGGAACGUUGGAGCACCUGGUGGAGAAAGUGGAUAACACAAAGAGGUUGUUGGCUCGCACUUGGCGUCACCGUUAUCUCUGAGCUGCUGCUGGCCUUGUUCUUCUCGUUCCAGCAGGUGCGAAAGGCCACACUUCUUGGCGUCAGUGUGCGCAAGCUGUUUCCUGUUCUUAUGUUAACUCUACCUGCCGCAAGCCUGGGUCUUGUGUACUUCGGAGCACGUGCGAAUAGCGACUCGAGCGAAGCGUUUCUCGACUCUGGUGCUGCGUAUUUUUUCCUGUCGAAUACUGGUGGUGGCAGAGGGUUUUUGCAGACUCACCGGACCAAGGUGAAUAUUGUUGCCCUGGCGUUCGGCCUUGCAUUGCUCCUGCUCGGUGCAGCAACGUUGGUGAACAGCUAUCGACGCCGGACCCGCGAAUACAUCGCUGUGGCGCGGCAGCACAGAGCGCGCCUCUUCGCCGACCCGGCGUUGGAUGACGUAUGUAGCCGGGGCCUGCCGGUACGCCUCCUCUCAUACAAUAUAUGCGUACGGCCGCCAGGUGUGUCCGGCUCCAGCGGUGACGACUUGAAAGAUGAGCGCCUCAAACUUCUGCUCCCUGAGCUUGCCUCCUUCGACAUCAUAUGCUUCCAAGAGCUCUUUGAUGCCUACAGCAAUCGCCGUUCAGCCAUGCAGGCGGCGCUCAAGGAAUACGGCCUGCGCCACCAUGUCUAUCUGCCAAAGCGGAUCCUUGGCAUACCUCCGAAAUUCGUCGAUGGAGGCGUCAGCAUCUUCAGCCGUUUCCCGAUCGUUGCAUGGGACUAUAUUCACUAUCGAAACGUGGUGUACCACACGAUCGACGCGCUGGUUGGUAAGGGCGUGCUCUAUGCGCGCAUUGAGUUGCCAGUGUACUGGCCUGCCGACUUCCCGCGCAAAUGGAAUCGCUCCGCGUUUCCUUCAAGCACAGUUCAAGCGAAGCGGGUCGAGAGCCAGACCAAUGCACGCUACUUGCAUAUCUUCAGCACGCACAUGCAAGCAGGUGAUCGACCGGGCUAUGAACCGGAGGCCUACCACGCCGAGAUUCGCUUUCAUCAAGCGGAGGAAAUGCGUGACUUUAUCGCACGCAAGGUCGCGGAUGACGCAGGGCCGGUACUCAUCACUGGCGAUUUCAACAUCAACGCCCGAAUCUCGCCGGAGAAUCCGCAUGAAAGUCGUUGGUAUCGGGAGCUGAUGCAGCGCUUUGGAAGCGCACCGCGACAAGGCGCUGCCCUCCAGGUCGUCGACCUAGUCAGCCUUGCCCACAGCGGGAUGCAUCCCAUCACUGAUGACGGAAAGUGUAUCGAUUAUUUGCUGUUUGAUCCGCGGCAGGGACCCGUUAUAGCGCAUGGCGACGAAAACGGUGCGGUGCGCAUCUAUCGCUACACGGUGCCGGAGGCGGCACGAACCCGCAUUUUUCCUGAAGAGGACUUUUCGCUCUCGGAUCAUUCUGCGGUUUUGGCGAGGCUGCGGAUUCCAGUUGCCUGGCCGAACAGCUAA